GGUUGAUUCGAGCAACUUACAAGGACAAGGCAAUUAACCAUCUUGCUAUUUUUCCUGUUUUCGUCGUCAUCGGCUGUCCUAGCUCUCACGGCUACCCAUCGUUUUCCCAAGCGCUGUCAAGUGAUGCCAUUGGUUACACUGGACAAAGGCCCUGCAAAUACGCGUGCCUCCAUCAUCGAUCCCCCUUUAUCUACUUUCUCGCUUUCCGUUAUCCCUUCUGUCUGCUUUUUCUUUUCUCGGCUCCAUCUCAUUCCCCUCGUUCCUUGUAGCGGCCCCGGCUUCUACGUUCCGCCUGCGAUUCCCGUAUUGGUCACGCCUCCACAAGGCGUAUUCCUUUUUUCGUCGGACCUUUCCACAGGGCUUCUAAAAUGGCGCAGGUCCCAGCGAGCGGAAAGCUCCUUGUCGAUCCCCGAUAUUCGACAAACGACCAGGAAGAAAGCAUUCUCCAGGACAUCAUCACGAGGUUUCCCAAUGUGGUGCUCAUGAAGCAGACGGCUCAGCUUCGAGCGAUGAUGACCAUCAUUCGUGAUAAAGAAACACCGAAGGAAGAAUUCGUCUUCUACGCCGACCGCCUGAUUCGCCUCCUCAUCGAAGAAGCUUUGAACGAACUGCCGUUCGAAAAGAAGGAAGUGACAACCCCUCUGGAUGUGUCAUACCAUGGAGUUUCCUUCUAUUCCAAGAUCUGUGGCGUCUCGAUUGUGAGAGCUGGCGAGUCGAUGGAAAGCGGCUUGCGGGCAGUUUGCCGCGGCUGCCGCAUCGGGAAAAUCCUCAUCCAGAGAGACGAAACAACUGCGGAGCCUAAGCUGAUCUACGAGAAGCUGCCUGCCGACAUUAGAGAUCGCUGGGUGAUGCUGCUAGAUCCGAUGUGCGCGACGGCGGGCAGUGUGUGCAAAGCGAUCGAGGUCCUCCUGAGGCUCGGCGUGAAGGAAGAGAGAAUCAUUUUCGUCAACAUUUUGGCUGCUCCCCAAGGCAUUGAACGUGUUUUCAAGGAAUACCCGAAAGUCCGCAUGGUCACUGCUGCUGUUGACAUCUGCCUGAACUCGAGGUACUACAUCGUCCCCGGCAUUGGUGAUUUCGGUGACCGGUACUUUGGAACCAUGUAGGUCUCUAGUUUUUUUGACAGACCGCUGACGGAAUCGCGGACUGGAAGAAGCACGCCUCAAGAGGAUAAACACCAUUUUUAUUUUUGUCUCGCUCCCACGUCCCUCACCAUCGGCAGGAACACAGAAAAAAAGUUUUAGUUGUGAGGCUGCCUGGUGCGCGACAAGCAGUUGCGCUUUUUUGUGCCACGGGGUAUAUCUUUGGUCGCGCUCCUGUCACGACUGUUGUUAGUCAUGGACCGGACGAUUUCUUCGUAUCAGGCACAGAGUCCCGUACACCUGUAACGGGAAUGUUUACGAGGCGGCGUGCAUCCCGUUCCUCGUCCAUCUCGAGUUUUAUUUCCCUUUCCUUUGUUCGAGAUUCUGCUGUCCAGAACGAGACAGGGAAGCGAAGUGGUAGUGCCAGGAAGGGCGCAGCUUAAUUGCUCCUCUUCACCUUAAGUCGUUUACUUGUGCCCAAGAAGUGUUCUUCACGAUUACCUUGUGUGUUUCCGCCGUUCUUUGCUUUUUGUUCGCGCUGCUCGGAAACAUUUACAACCUCAUAUCUAGAUGUUGUUGAAGCAAUGUGAAGAAUGGUCCACGUUACAUUCUCUAACGGAAUUUUAACGGUGUGGGAUGGACAAGCAAUGCAUAUGCGAUGUCGAACCCUCGAAAACCCGUAAUGUGCGACCACGUCCUGGGUGAAGCAAACGCGUUUCCACAUACAGUCGGUAUCGAUGUCACGCUUGCCAGUUCGUGUAGGGAAGUUGGCGUGUUUUUUUUUCCACGGUGGGGAUUGAACAGUGUCAUUGCCCAGACCAUGGCAGUACCAAGUCUGCUCUGAUGAAGUGCGCCACCAGCAUUCUGUUUUUUCGCUCCCACGAGGGUGGAACCUCUAGCACACAACUUCUCUCUUCUGAGGUUGCCGAAAAACUGUCUGCUAAUUUAUCGAGUUAUUUGAACUACGGGACCAACGGGCAGAGACUGUUUUCACUCGGAUGUCGUACAGUUGACGUCGCGACGAAAGGCACAUGACCAAGGCGAUUUUUUUUAUUUUCUGGUUCAUCCGGCUAUCCACCAGUGUUGCUUCGGUCGAUC